AUGCAACCUGAAUGUGAGUUCCCUUACUCUCAAUUUAGUUAUCAACAACGCAAGUUUCAGUUUUCUUGGUUUAAAGAUAAUCCAUGGCUUGAGUAUUCAGAAGCUAAGGAUAUGGCAUAUUGUUUUCCUUGUUUCCUUUUUGCUACUGAAAAUCCUUUGAACAAAGCAUUCAUCAUUGAAGGGUUCAAAAAUUGGAAGAGGACUGUGCCUAGUGAUAAUGCUUUUCUGAAUCAUGUAGGAGGAAUUACAUCAUCACAUAAUAGUGCAAUGCAAAAGUGGGAUGCAUUACGAAACCCAUCUAGCCAAAUUGAGCCAAUCUUUAGUUCAAAAUCAGCAAAAGAUAUAGAGGAUAACCAGUUAAGGCUCAUAGCUUCUAUAGAGAGUGUUAGAUAUCUAGCUAGCCAAGGAAUUGCCUUUAGAGGCCAUGAUGAAUCCGAAGAGUCAUUGAAUCAAGGACCUUUUAGGCAGCUUAUCAAAUCCUUUAGAAGAGUUAGUCUAGAUAUUAAAAGAGUUAUAGAAAAUGCUCCUAAAAAUUCCAAGUAUAUUAGUCCUUCAAUUAAAAAAGACAUUCUUAAUAUUCUUGGUAACCAAGUGAGGGGUAUGAUUUGUGAAGAAGUUGGGGCUGCAAAAUAUUGUCUUCUUGUUGAUGAAGCUAUAGAUGUUUCUAAUAAGGAACAAAUAGCGAUUAUUUUAAGAUUUUUUGAUUCUCUAGGUAAGGUUCGAGAACGUUUUUUUAAGAUUGUAAGUGUUCCAAACACAAGCUCACAAACUCUUAAAGAUGAAAUAUCUAAGGUUCUUACUCAGGACAAGCUUCAAGUUAGAAAUAUGCGUGGUCAAGGCUAUGAUGGUGCUAGCAACAUGAGAGGCAUUUAUAAAGGUUUACAAGCAUUAUUUCUUGAAGAGUGUCCUUAUGCUUAUUAUGUGCAUUGUUUUGCUCAUCGUCUGCAACUAACACUAAAUGCUACUGCCAAGGGGGUACAUGAAAUUUGGAAAUUCUUUUCCAUGUUAAGUUUGAUUGUGAACUUUAUGAACUCUUCCGGCAAGCGUCACUCGGCCUUGAAAGCUGCUAGAAAAGAAGAAAUUGCAGACUUGGUGGCUUGUGGUGAACUUGAAACCGAUACAGGGGCCAAUCAGAUUUUUAGUAUGCAACAAGCUGGUGCUACUCGUUGGGGCUCACAUUAUCGUUCAAUUAGGGGUUUGAUUGAAUUUUUUGGUGCAUCUAAAACAACUCUUGUUUAUAUGAGUGAGCAGGGACCAGUGGAUCUUCAAAGAGAGGCUGGAGAUGUUCUCAAAGCAAUGCGGAAGUUUGUCUUUGUUUUUUGUUUGCUUCUCAUGAACAAGGUAAUGAAAAUUACUGAGACUCUUUCUCAGACAUUGCAGCAAAAGUCUCUUGAUUUUGUUCAAGCUAUGCGGUUUGUGAAACAUACAAAAGAAUUGCUUGGAGACCUAAGGAAAGAUGGAUGGGCUGAUUUCUUUGAACAUGUGGAAUCAUUUUGUAAGAAACAUGAAAUUAAAAUGCCUGAUAUGCAUGCUAGUACAUCUCAUCGGUCUUCUAUCACUAAUGAGCAUCAUUACCGUGUUGAUAUAUUUAAUGCUCUAAUUGAUUUUCAGCUAAGUGAGUUGGAUGGAAGAUUUUCAGAGCAAGCAACAGAUCUUCUUAGUCUUGCUUCAACCUUGGAUCCUCAUUCUAAUUUCAGUAAGUUUAAAACUGAACUUUUUCUUGAUCUUGCAAGAAAAUAUUAUCCUGAAGAUUUUGAUUAUGGUGAGAUGCUUUCUCUUGAGUCAAAGUGUGCAUACUAUGAAAAAGACAUGCUUGAUGAUGCUAUGUUUAAGAAUUUUUCAUCUAUUUGUGAGCUGUGUCCAUUGUUGGUCCAAACAAGAAAGUCAGAAUUUUAUCCAAUGCUUUAUAGAUUGAUUUGUCUAGUUUUGACUCUUCCGGUAUCUACAGCAACAACUGAAAGAGCAUUUUCAGCCAUGAACUACAUCAAGAACAAGCUUAGAAAUAAGAUGGAAUGA